ACAGGUUAACAAACGGACCCAUGUAUAUCAAGUGGUGAAUAAAGUAAAAGUGAUUAUUGUGGUUUUAUACUCCGACGUCGAACGAUCUGUGGAAAGAGCAGGGGUUGCAAAUGUGGAAUUGUCGGUAAUUCGAGUAAGAUCUGUUAUUACAACUGCUCAUAAGAGGGUAUACGGAGCUAGCGGAUUGAUUGACCGAUAUAGAAGGCUCUCUAUAGAAAUCUGGCCUUGGAGGCCGAAUUCACUGAAACAUGGCAGUCAAACAAAGUCUGUUCGUGUCCUUUCUUUUCAUCGGAACAUUCGUUGGAAGUCAGCGGACCGACAUUCGUCUAGUCGGUGGGAGAAAUAACCGAGAAGGCCGGGUUGAACUCCUAGUUGAUGGCGAGUGGGGUACAGUAUGUGACGACGCAUGGGGUACGUCGGAUGCCACCGUGGCAUGUCGUCAACUCGGGUUUGGAUCAGCCGAGAGUAUCACCGUUAAUGCUGACGUAUUUGGGGAGGGUACAGGCCCUAUUCAUCUAGAUGAUGUUGCUUGUUCUGGCAACGAGCCAUCGUUAAUCGCCUGCACUCAUAGAGGACUGGGGAACAAUAAUUGCGGCCACUCUGAAGAUGCAGGUGUGAGGUGCUCUCUAUCAACGCCAACAUCUGGAACUCAAGAUAUCGAACUAGAAGGAGGUACAACUCCUCUAGAAGGAAGGGUGCGGAUCAACGUCGGAGGAGAUUGGGGAACAAUCUGCGAUGAUCGUUGGGAUCUGGACGAUGCAACAGUGGCCUGUCAACAACUCGGAAUGGGCUCGGCAGUGGACGUACGUUCGUUUGGUCCUGGAAGUGGAACCAUAUUACUGGAUGACCUUGGAUGUACAGGAACUGAGAGUUCUUUAACUUCGUGCAGUUACAGCGACAGGCACAACUGUAAUCACAGGGAAGAUGCCGGAGUUGUCUGUUCAGGUUCGACAGUAGCGGAAAAUGUUCGCUUAGUCGGAGGGCCUUCCAAUAACGAGGGUCGUGUUGAAGUAUUCAUCAAUGGUCAGUGGGGAACAGUAUGCGAUGACCUGUGGUCCCUGACAGAUGCGAAUGUAGCAUGCAGACACUUGGGUUUCGGACCAGCCAUUUCAACACCAGGCGCGACUGCAUAUGGGCAAGGAUCUGGUCCUAUUCACAUGGACAAUGUUGAGUGCCAAGGCGAUGAGACAUCACUACUGACUUGCCCGUACCAAGAAACUCAUAACUGUCAUCAUGCAGAAGAUGCAGGUGUCGUGUGUGAUAGUUCAGAUUCUGCUGCAGCGCAGUUGCUGCAGCAUUCCAUUCGUCUAAGUGGGGGAUCUACAGAGUAUGAAGGUCGAGUCGAGGUCCUCAUCGACGGUCAAUGGGGAACGGUCUGUGACGAUUUGUGGUCUUGGCCUGACGCUAAUGUUGCAUGCAGACAACUCGGCUUCGGACGGGCCAUUGCGCUCAGGGGUUCGGCAGAUUUCGGACAAGCCACAGGCCCUAUUUUAAUGGAUAAUGUAGAGUGUAAUGGGGAUGAGGCAUCGCUUGAGAAUUGUGUGUUCCUGAGUAACCAUAACUGCGGACAUGUGGAGGAUGCUGGCAUUGAAUGUGCACCACCUGAUUCCUCAGAAGGUGAAGUUAGCCAGUCGACUAUUCGUUUAGUCGGGGGAUCAACAAAGUAUGAAGGACGAGUAGAAGUAUACCUUGCAGGCCAUUGGGGUACGGUGUGUGAUGAUCUCUGGACCUUGGACGAAGCAAACGUUGCGUGUAGAGAACUUGGUUUCGGGUCAGCCAUUUCAGCGCUCGGUGUUGCUACGUUUGGGCAAGGCACAGGUCCUAUUUUGAUGGACAAUGUAAAUUGCAAUGGACACGAGACAUCUCUGACUUCUUGCGAGUUUACGUCCACGCACAACUGCGGUCACAGUGAAGAUGCCGGCAUAAAGUGCGCGUCGCCAGAUUCUACAGAGGCGCAAGAGAAUCAGUCGAACAUACGACUCGUUGGAGGGUCUACAGAACUAGAAGGCCGUGUGGAAGUAUACGUUAAUGGUCAAUGGGGGACAGUUUGCGACGAUCUGUGGACGUUAAUUGAUGCGAAUAUUGCAUGUAAGCAACUUGGCUUCGGUCCAGCCUCGUUAGCUCCUGGUUCUGCUACGUAUGGACAAGGUCUAGGUCCCAUUCUCAUGGAUAAUGUGGAAUGCAGUGGCGAUGAAAUGUCUCUAAAUUCCUGUCCGCAUUUGACCAGACACAACUGUGGGCAUCCGGAAGAUGCAGGGGUGGUGUGCUCGCCUCGAAGUGAUUCUAGCUCGGCAAAUCGACGCUCUAUCCGUCUAGUAGGAAGUUCUUCCCCCUAUGAAGGUCGAGUAGAAAUACUUGUAGCUGGCGUAUGGGGAACCGUUUGCGAUGAUUUAUGGGAUAUACAGGACGGUAUGGUCGCCUGCAAUCAAUUGGGGUACGGGCGGGCCACAGCAGUCAGGGGCUCGGGGGGUUAUGGCCAGGGGACUGGUCCCAUUCAUCUCGACGAUUUGAGAUGCACCGGGGGUGAAAGUAUGCUGAUAUCUUGCCGCCAUGCUGGUAACACCCACAACUGCAACCACGGAGAAGAUGCUGGCGUAAUAUGUUUACCCCCUGAAGGGGAUGAACCUCCAACCGAACCAGCCACCACUAUCCGCUUAGUUGGUGGUUUCUCGCCGUACGAGGGUCGACUUGAAGUUUUCAUCAACGGGCAAUGGGGAACAGUAUGUGACGACUUGUUCUCUUUGACUGACACGGAUGUUGCAUGCAGACAACUCGGCUUUGGAUCAGCUAGAGCCGUUAGAGGAUCUACCUAUGGAGAUGGAUCAGGCCAGAUACUCAUGGACGAUGUUCAGUGCGCCGGGACUGAGUCAUCUCUAGUUUCCUGUCAGUAUUCUAGGAAUCAUAAUUGUAGGCAUUCAGAGGAUGUCGGGAUUGUUUGCAACGCACCAGAAGGAACUCAGACAGUGGAUAUACGACUUGAAGGAGGAUCUUCACCUAAUGAGGGACGUGUUGAAGUCCUAAUCAAUGGCCAGUGGGGAACUGUUUGUGAUGAUUUGUGGGAUAUGACCGAUGCAAACGUUGCGUGUCGUCAGCUUGGCUUUGGGUUCGCUACUGCGAUCAGAGAUUCUACCGUUUUUGGCCGAGGAUCAGAUCCCAUUUACAUGGACAACGUGGAGUGCGAAGGAACAGAACCAUCCCUGCUCUCUUGCGUCCAUUCUCCUACUCAUAAUUGCCAACAUCAGGAGGAUGUCGGCAUCGUCUGCCAACCACAAGGUACGCAAAAAGCGCUUGUUCGUUUGGUUGGAGGUUCAACGGAAUAUGAAGGACGAGUAGAAGUGUAUAUCGAAGAUACAUGGGGAACUGUUUGUGAUGAUCUUUGGGAUAUCACCGACGCAAAUGUUACAUGUAGGCAACUUGGAUAUGGAAAUGCUCUGGCUGUUAAAGGUACCACUGUAUUUGGCCAAGGUUCUGGCGCCAUUCACAUGGACAACGUAAGGUGCACUGGACGUGAAACAUCCCUCCUUGACUGUGCACACGUUUCCGAGCACAACUGUGGCCACCAAGAAGACGUUGGGAUUGUGUGUAAACCUCCCGCUGCACCUGUUGUUGAAUGCCCUUUGCUCGUUAGUGCGAACCAUCCUUUGAAGGUUACCUGUACUAAUGGCACACUCAUGGGUUCUCAGUGCAACUACUCCUGUGUCGAUGGCUUCAUCCUGCACGGAAGCACGCAAAGAAAGUGCCACCCAUCCGGUUCGUGGCACCCUGAGGGAGAAGGAACUCCUACUUGCGAAGCCGCGAUUGUGACAGUUCCACCUACCAUCGAGUGUCCUGCAUUAAGAAGACCAGCGUAUCCAAUGUCUUUAUCGUGCACUAACAACACCCAAGAUGGUUCGGUUUGCACCUAUGCAUGUGCAGAAGGUCACAGCCUAAAUGGAAGCCCUCAACGAACAUGUGAAACAUCGGGUUCUUGGAGUCUAAGCCUAGAAAAAAUGCCAUCCUGCGAAGAUGUGACUUGCCCAGCACUGGUUUUGGAACAUGGAACAACCCUUUGCACCAAUGACUGGAUGUAUCUGUCAGCAUGCCUGCCAAUUUGUAAUCCCGGAUAUGAACUAGAUCGACAUCGUACCGUACAGUGCACUUCUUCAGGAAAUUGGACCGAGGAGUUACCCACUUGCCAAAUAAUAAUGUGUCAUGAGCUGCCCAACGUAGUAAAAGGCGUCACGCAAUGCACCAAUGGUACGCAUUUAGGAUCCACCUGUACGGUCACUUGUGCCGAUGGUUUCAGAUUGGUGGGACCAGCAUCGAGAGAGUGUGAACAAAGAGGGUCCUGGUCCAGAUACCAGCCCGUUUGUCAAGAUAUUCGAUGUCCUGUACUAUCAUCUCCUCAUUUCGGAUCACUUUCCUGUACUGAAGGCUCCAGACAUGGCUCUGUCUGCACUUCUACGUGUGGAAUAGGGUAUCGAAUCAGAGGGAGCAAUGUCACAGAGUGCAACACUGACGGCACUUGGACUAACGAUGUACCAACUUGUGAAUGGAUUACUUGCAAUCCAGAAUUAGAGGCACCUGAGAACGGAAACGUGCGCUGCUUCUUUUCUCGAAUCUGUACCUACAGUUGCAAUACUGGUUUUGACCUUGUUCCAGCCACCAGUAUGGUACGGACAUGCGGAGCCAACGGUUGGUCAGGAGCAACACCUGCCUGCUUAGACAGACAAGGACCCAAUUUCCAGACGUGCCCCACAGAUGCGAUGACAUUCAUAAGUGAUCCUUACCUAGAAUCGGCAACAGUAAACUGGCGAGCGCCCUCUGCGUUGGACAAUGCAAAUAAGAAGAUCGUUGGUGUGCAUGUCUCCGGGCCUACUCCAGGUUCUUCUGUGGGAAGUGGUUCAUACCCAGUGGUAUAUAAGGCUGAAAAUACGAAUGGAAACGUAGCUUACUGCCGAUUUACCGUCGUUGUCAGUGUGAUUCGAUGUCCUGAGUUGACAAGUGAUCGUCUAGUCACAGUAAACUGCGAACAUGGAUUUCUUCGGGAUUCUAUCUGCACUUUCACUUGCUCUAUGGCUGGUUAUGAAGUGGUAGGGGAUGAAAAUACUCAAUGCAUAAUGACUAGAGAUGAAGCCGUGUGGAGCAAUACAAGACCAUCAUGUACAGAUUACACAGCACCGGUAUUUACCCACUGUCCCAUAUAUCACGUCGUAUAUGCCGAAAUGAACCAGACGACAGCUAUUGUGAUAUGGCGUGAACCACUUGCCACCGACAAUUCUAACAACAAUCUACGCGUUGAAAUGAUUGCUGGAAAUGGAUCAGGAGCCGUGCAAUCUGAAGGAACAACAUUACAAGUAUAUCAAGCAGUAGAUGGCAGUGGCAAUCUUGCAGAAUGUAGUUUCAAUGUAACUGUUGAAGUGAUUCGUUGCACCAAUUCUGAGAUUCAAGGUGAUGUCAUUGCCUCUUGCACGGGAACCAUCUUGGGAUCCGUCUGCUACUUUUCCUGCCCAGAUGGUUACAUCCUCCAAGGUCAUUCCAUGACCACCUGCCAACAGAAUGGUUUUGAUGGGAUCUGGUCCAAUGGAUCACCGUCAUGUUCAGAUAACCAAGCACCGGUAUUUACAAGUCUACCAGAGCCAAUAGAAGUCACCGCCCCACCUCUAGCGAUGGGUGCAGUUGUCAGCUGGGAGGUUCCUACCGCAGAGGAUAACGAUGAUCCAAAUGUUCAAGUAGUCCAAAUGGCAGGACCAGACCCUGACCUGAUGCUAAGCGAAGGUUUCUUUUUGGUGAGGUACAUAGCUCGGGACAAUUCUGGCAAUGAAGCGGAGUACACCUUCAACAUCACAGUAAAAGUUGUACAAUGUAAUGAUCCAGAACCGGAAGUAGAUGAGGAUGUUGAGGUGAUAUGUGACCAUGGCAACCUACGUGGUUCUACCUGUGUAUAUUCCUGUCCUAUUGGUUCAGAAUUGAUUGGUUCUCAGAAUACAACGUGUGUAAUGAUGGAUGAUGAUAGUUCCAUUGGGAUCUGGAACACAGCAAUACCUCCAAGAUGUCAAGCUCGAAGCUGCCCAUCACUCCCUACCCCUCCUGAAGUCAUUGUAUCGGGAUGCGAGACAGGUCAAGGAAACUCUUCAACUUAUGGCACAAACUGUACUUUCAGCUGUCCUGCAGGGUACAUCGGAGAAGGAGAAGCUGUGAAAUACUGCCAGGCUGAUGGAACGUGGUCAACUACAGAUUUCGCUUGCCGUAGACGUCAAUGUACAGGGCUUGGUGGAAAUGGUAUAUUUACCGCUCUGCCACACCAAUGUUCGGGCUUCCCUGAAUAUGAACAAGUCUGUGUCGUGUCAUGUCUUCGUCCUGGCUACCAGCUUCAAGGGCCUGGUUUGGCCGAAUUCCAGUGCAUGGAAAAUGGUACAUGGAACCAAACUUUAGACGAAUUCUCUUGCAUCGGUAAGAACAAAUGAAAGCAUGAAAAACGAAUAAUUCAUCUGAAUGAUAUAACAUAUGUUUCAAGUCAUCUCUUUUAUGUGCAUUAUUUUCAACCAUGCCAACGUUACGAUUAACUAAAUACAAUUUAUGAAUACUGUGUGUCAAACACUGUAGUUGAGAUUUGAGAACAGGUCUUGUUCUCUUAUUUGUAGCCUAGGCUAGUACUCUGAAACUUCCCAUGUUGGUUCAAAUUAAUGCCUUCGCGCAUUGUGCGAUCCAUCUAAAGAGGGGGCUGGCUUGAAUAUAAUCUACAUGAUCUAGAUGGUCGUGGACGAUGCUUCAAUUAGAACAUGUAGGAUGUCCAUGCUUCAAGGAAGAUGAAAAAUAUAUAUUGAAAUUAUUAGUGCUUUACCAAAGUGAUCUAUAAUUGCAUUGGCUUGGUUUAGGGAGCUUGUCAAAAGUCCAUGCACCGUUCUAUACCGUCUUUACUGCAUCCGGGUUUUCGCUUCGGCUUUCCUGCCCAACGUUCCCUUCUCUUCAAAGGAACGGCCGCCAUCAAAGGCCCAUUGAUGCCACCGUUCUUUUGUUCGUCUUUCCUGCAAGUCUUAAUUUCUGUCGAAAAACCGGAGAAUCUAUUCUAAAUAGCUCCCUCUACGACCAAAACAAAGGCGUGCCUUCAUAUUUAUUGUCGGAUCGGAGAGUUCGGGUCACUGUUCUGAACUAUGGUUCGCAUCUAUAAUGGAAGUUCGGGUGCAUUCAUAAAGCCACAGUAGCUUAAUCAAAAAUCACGCACGUGUCAUAAAUCGUUACUGAUCUUUCGAAUUUGCUGCAAUAACCAUGAAAACCUCCUUUUUCGCAUUGGAAGAGGGUCAAUUCAUGAUGUUUUAGGUGGGAAAAUAAGAUUCCACACUUUUUCGUUUCGUAGGCCCAAGCCAUUCGUACAAUUCACGUCAACUUGGAAUAUUUAUUAUUACUCGCAUCUGAAACAAGUGUCGGGAGCCCCCCCCCC